AUGGCCUCUCAGUCACCACCAGCCUCUAUCAGUUCCCUCUCAGUCACCACCAGCUCUCUCCCUGCCUUCAAUGGGAAUCAUUUCAGCUUCAAAGAGCCCAUACUGUGUGAUGUAGGGGAGUUUCACUGCUAUGAUGAGGUGACUUGCAUCCCCGAGGGCUGGCUCUGUGAUGGGGAGCCUGACUGUCCAGACGCCUCGGACGAAACCUCGGACAGAUGUGCGGGGGACGUGGUGGUGAGAUGUCCCCUGAAUCACAUACAGUGCAUAGGGACGAGGAAGUGCAUUCACUUCAACAAGCUCUGCAACGGAGCCAUAGACUGUGAGGAUGGCUUCGAUGAAGGAGUUCACUGUAGAGAGCUGCUGUCAGCUUGCCAUGAGCUGCGUUGCCGCUAUGGCUGCGUCAUGACGAGAAACGGAACCUUCUGUUUCUGCGCUGACGGCUUUGAGGUCGGUGAGGAUGGGACAAGCUGCAGAGAUCAUGAUGAAUGUGCUGUGUACGGAGCAUGUAGCCAAACCUGCUUGAACACCUACGGGUCAUAUAGAUGCAGCUGUACAGAGGGAUACAUCUUACAGAAUGACAGAACGUCCUGCACAGCCAAACAAGUGUUGGGUAGCUUCAGUAUAGGAAAGAUGAAUUUGUUCCACCACUGA